UUGGAAGCGGCCGGGGCAGGCGUCCCGCGAGCAUGGAGGUGCCCGCUGUGAACCUCAAGGGUUAUGAAUAGCUGUGAAAUUAACCAGAGUCUUGUUAAUUUUACUUGGCUGAAGCUUGAGGAAGUUAGGAGGACCAGCACUGGAGCGGUCAGUCUGCAGCCUUGGGAAAACACCACUGGCAAUCGUUCUGGUGCACUGGCUGCUCACGACAUGCGCUCCAGCGUGGUGCUGGGGGUACCUUGCCGCUGGGGGUGCUGUCUUUCAGACACAAGGGGAUGCUUGGAGCUUCCGAACUCCUACGUGUGGGGAAACUUCACCGUCCUGGCUGUGGGGGUCUGGGCAAUUGCUCAGAGGGAUUCCAUCGAUGCAAUAAUCAUGUUCCUGAUUGGCCUGUUGAUCACAAUCCUCCUGGACAUCAUUAACAUCAGCCUCUUCUAUCCCCGGCAUAGCUCUCUAAGUGACCUGGAACGCUUCAGUUCGGGCAUGGCCAUCUUCAGCCUCCUCCUCAAACCCUUGUCAUGCCUCUUUGUCUAUCAGAUGUACCGGGAGCGUGGGGGAGAGUAUGUCGUCAACCUAGGUUUCCUCAGCGUGGGCCGGGAUCGCAGCUCAUACCAGUCGAUUGAUCAGCACAAUGCACCUUGCCCGUACCCUGAUCUGGACAGCAAGCCACCCCCACAUCCCUUCUGAGGCUGCCCCCCCUCCCUUUGCUGGAAACAGAGAGCAGGAUCUCACUGAUGUCCCCUACCCAGCAACAAAUUAAAAACUACCACUCCCUGUUUUUUUCCCCCCUAUUGGAGUAGGCUCUAAAAUGAGCAAACAACAGAGGAUCUAAUUUUACUCUCCUCCUUUUGAGCAUCCAUCCCUUCCUGAAGGUGUGUAAGUGGAUUGGGUCCUGCAGUGAGUUCAGAAUGUCCCAGAGAAGUCAGUUUAAGAACCAUAGGUCUGUCUAACCCUACCACGCCGUGCCCCACAAUGUCACUAUUGACUGAAGAAUGGCAAGAACCUUCCCUGUAGUCUCCCAGAUCGUACCCUCUGCAGCUCCUGCAUCACCGAUACACCUCGCUACCCAAGAUGUUCAUGAAGAAGCUGGCUUAAAAGGCUCUUUUAAAUGUUCAUCUGAUUGGGCAGCAGUCUACUGAGCCAGUGGGGGUGGCCUUGGUCACGUGGAUAAAUCUCACAAGCGAUUGCCGCUGGAGUUCAGACACUCUCCUGUUUUAGUAAGGUUCGGUGGACGCGUAUAAAGUUGUGUUCAUGCGAGUAACUGCCCAGGCUAGCUGAGAGUAAUUGCACACGGCUGGGCGGAGAGAAGGUGGGCCUGCAGGGCCAAUGAGUUCUUAUGCUCCCUCUGCCUAGUCUUGGGUUUUCAUUUGUUGUUUGUAUGCAGGUGGCAAGGCCACAGGGACACUGUGUGAUGACUGUUACUUGUGCGUUGUAAAUAUGUUGUGCCUUAAAACACACUUUUUGCCUUCACUUGGCAUCUAAAUAGAACUAAAUUUUUUCUAAAAUAAAAUGAGCACCUUACCGCUGA